AUGGACGAAUUUACACCGCUACUCAAAAAUGUGGUGCGUGCCAUUCGACGCAUACAGCUUCUGGUGGCCAGGCGGAAAUUUAAAGAAGCCUUGAAACCAUACGACGUGAAGGAUGUGAUCGAGCAGUAUUCUGCCGGACAUGUUGAUUUACAAGCGCGUGUUAAAUACGUUCAACAGAGGUUGGGCAAUUCUUCCUAA